GUUGGCAAUUUAACAUUAGUUUCCUUGGAUUGUAAGCAAGUGAGUGCUAUAAUUACAAUCCUAAGAUAUGGUCUUCAAGUGUCAGCCUCAGAUCCCACUUAAACCACUUCAGAUAGCUACAAGUAAGGAGUUAAGUCCUUUUCCUCGAGCCUAUGCCACUUACUUGAUUCAUCCUCUGCAAUCCUUUCCUCCAAAGACUGAAACUUCAAAAAUGUUCUCUAUAUAUCAAUCAAUACGCUCCAAACAAAGGAUCCAUAACUUCUAAUCCAAUGGCUCUUCUUCUUACAUUUCAUGCCCUUACCUCACUUCUUCUUUUUCAUGUCUCUUUCGUAUCAACCGCAACGCAUACCUCUCACCAUCACACAAGUCACUCCUCAAACCAUAACCAGCAUCUUCAGCAAGCGUACCGUGCACUUCAAGCAUGGAAGAAGGUCAUAUAUUCUGAUCCAAAGAACUUGACAGGAGACUGGACCGGUCCCUCUGUCUGCAGCUACACUGGCGUCUUCUGUGCCCCAUCCCCUUCCGACAAAAACACUCUAGUUGUUGCUGGAAUCGAUCUCAACCACGGAGACAUCGCUGGUUUCCUCCCUGAACCCAUUGGCCUUCUCUCCGACCUCGCUCUCAUCCAUCUCAACAGCAAUCGUUUCUGCGGCAUCCUUCCUCGUUCAUUGUCCCAACUAUCGUUACUCUAUGAGCUAGACCUCAGCAACAACCGCUUUGUAGGCCCUUUUCCAGAUGUUGUCCUCUCACUCCCUUCCCUAAAGUACCUUGACCUUCGUUACAAUGAGUUCGAAGGUCCUUUACCUCCAAAACUCUUCAGCAACCCCCUCGACGCCAUUUUCGUGAACAACAACAGAUUAACAAGCCUCAUACCCAAAGAUUUCACUGGAACAACCGCCUCUGUUGUUGUCUUUGCCAACAAUGAUUUCAGCGGUUGUCUGCCUCCGACCAUAUCUCACUUUGCAGAUACUUUAGAAGAGCUUCUCCUAAUCAACUCAAGCUUGUCUGGAUGUCUACCCCAAGAAGUAGGGUAUCUCUACAAGUUAAGAGUCCUUGACAUGAGCUACAACAGUUUAGUUGGUCCUGUGCCUUACAGUCUCGCUGGACUAGGCCAUCUUGAGCUGCUGAAUCUGGACCAUAACAUGUUCACUGGAACUGUCCCUCUUGGAGUCUGCGUUCUGCCUAGCCUUCAGAACCUAACCGUCUCUGACAACUAUUUCUCUGAAGAAGAAGGUAUCUGCAGGAACCUGACUUCCAGAGGAAUAGUCUUUGACGAUAGCAACAACUGUUUGCCUGACAAACCCAACCAACGGAGCGAAAAGGACUGUGAAGCUGUACUUGACCACCCUGUAGACUGCUAUGACCAUGAAUGUUCAGCCAUGGCUCCUCAGGCUUCUCCGUCUACUGCAGGACCUUCCAUUGCUCCUGCUCCAGCAAUGUGAAGAAAAUGGAAGAAGAAGAAGAAAUGUGAGGAAGAUUGGGUUGUGGCUGAAAGAAUAUGCACUAAGAUUGUAACAUUAUACAGUUUAUACAGAACACAGUGUCUAUCCGGUUACAAAUUUCGUAUGUGUAUACUCUGCAUUCAUCAAAAAAUCUUCUACACCUCACCAAGGUCAUGAACUAA